GUAAAUGCCAUAAUAAAGAAGGGUAAUUCUAAGAAACGUCAAAACAAGUAAAACUUUUCGUGCCAGCUCAUAUUGACAAAGAACGUUCUUGAAGAAAAUAGAAAUAAUUGUGUGUUCACUUUUUUUACGACGUUCUAUUAUGUGAUUUAAUAUUAAAUAUGAAAAAUAUAGAAGGCAAAGUAGUUGUCCUGGGUUCGCAAGGUGUUGGAAAGACAAGUAUAAUAGUGAGAUAUGUGGAGAAUGCUAUUCAUCGUCAUGUUAAUCCAACAAUAGGAGCUUCCUUUUUUACCUGCAGAUUAAAUAUAGCUGAUACUAAAAUAAAAUUACAAGUAUGGGAUACGGCUGGAGAAGAAAGAUUCAGGUCAAUGGCACCAAUGUAUUACCGUAAUGCCAAUGCUGCUAUGUUGGUAUUCGAUUUGACCCAAUACAGCAGUUUCACAGGGAUUAAAAAUUGGGUUAUGGAAUUGAAGAGAAAUGUAGAAGAACAAAUGAUAUUAGCAGUAAUUGGUAACAAAUCAGAUCUUUUCAAAGAUCGACAAGUUGACGCCGAAGAAGGUAGAACUUAUGCGACUAAAAUAGGUGCUACUUAUCAUGAAACAUCAGUACUUCAUAACGAAGGUAUUGAAAAUAUAUUCAUGACAAUAGCCAAUGGACUUGUCAGAUUAUCUUCUGGUAGUAGUGAAAUAGUUACGUCGUUACGGAUCAUGGAUUCUAGUAAUUCUAUACUCACCAAUUCUGGCAUAGUUUUGUCGCCUUCAGAAGAAAGUGCAGAGGAUACUAGCAUUGCUCUUGGAACAUACGAAAAAAAUCAUACUUGUUGUUGAUCCAGCAUUAAUAACAGUACAUAAAAUAAUAGAAUAAUACUACGUCUUCAAAAUUAAAAAAAACACAGUGUAAGGAAUGUCUUCCAUGAUAUAACAAUAACGUAAUCUUAUUGUUAAUUAAAUUCAUAAUUGUUAUUUACAUAUUCGUUAAUGACUGUGUAAGAGUUUAGGGUACUAACAUGCUUCUUGGAAUGUACAA